GUAAUGGAACAUUGGUUGGGCUAUCAAAUUUCACUGCGCCUACUCAUCUCCGCACUACUCAUACCGCUAAUUUUACUCUCGUGGAUACCGAAUCUCAAAUACCUCGCACCCGUCUCGAUGAUAGCCAAUCUCUUUAUGGGCGUCGGCUUGGGCAUUACAUUCUACUAUCUCGUCAUUGACUUGCCACCGGUAACAACACGCGAAUUCGCCAAUGUCUCUACCAUACCGGCUUUCUUUGCCAUCACCAUAUUCGCUAUGGAGGCAAUCGGUGUGGUUAUGCCGCUGGAGAAUAACAUGGAGAAACCACGACACUUCCUCGGCAUUUGCGGCGUGUUGAGUCAGGGCAUGUCUGGUGUGACUUUGAUCUAUAUGGCGCUCGGUUUUCUCGGUUAUCUGCGCUAUGGCACAAACACAGAAGAGAGUAUUACACUGAAUCUGCCCGUGCAUGAGUGGCCCGCGCAAGCUGUGAAAGUGUUGAUCGCUUUGGCUGUGUACUGUACAUUCGGUCUGCAAUUCUACGUGUGCCUCGAAAUUGUCUGGGAUGGUAUCAAGGAUAAGUGCAAAAAGCGUCCAUUAUUGGUGAAUUAUGUUUUGAGAACCGUGCUCGUUACUGCCGCCGUUGUAUUGGCUGUUUCCGUGCCCACUAUUGCGCCAUUUAUGGGUCUGAUUGGUGCCUUUUGCUUCUCUAUACUUGGUCUGAUAUUCCCUGUUUUGAUUGAGCUCAUCACCCACUGGGACACCGGUUUUGGUGCCUUCAACUGGAUUCUAUGGAAGAAUGUCAUUAUUGGUUUCUGCGGUGUGGCAGCACUCAUUUUCGGCUCCAUGAGCGCUAUCAAUGACAUUAUCAAAGUGUACUCGAAUGAUCCCAAUACUAGUGAUGCUAUACAAAACGCCCUCAACAACAUUACAACAACCAGGCUUUAAGCUACAGUACACAUAUGUACAUAUGUACAGUUAUCUUUAGCUGUGUGGAGAGUUUUUUUGUUUAAGAAAAAGGGCGCGCUUUUGUUGCAUGUAUUCGCACCGCCAAGCACUGCGUCACCAUUAUACCGUUGGAUAAUUUUAUUGAAUUUUAAUUUUUUAGUAUAAAGUACAAAUAAAUAAUAUAUACAUAUUCGUUUCUAGUAGCUCUACAAUGUAUACCACAUAUGUAUAUAGUAUAUAACGUUAUAUGCCUGUAUACAUAUGUAUAGUUUAGACAGUGAAAAUAAGGUGCAACUAUUUUUUUUUUUUUUUUAGAUUAAAAAGACAACGGAAACGUGUAUUAUGUAUAGAAGUGCCUCUUUCUGUGUCUAGACAACAUUUGUUUUAGUUAUGCACACACAUACAAGCAAAUUUUUAGCAUUACAUUGCCAUGUGGCAAAUGUGCUGUAAGUAGUUGUAGUUAAUAAUUUCCGUUUAUUCAAUUCAACGCAUCCUAUAUACAUAUAUACAUACAUACAUAGUAAGCGCUAAGUGAAAUUGUAGUGGGAUUCCUAAUUUCCCACUAAAUAGUUUUAAUUUUGCUGCAAAUAUAAAUGUAUUGUAUUUGUUAUACAUGUAAUGAUUACUAAUUAUUCAUUAUGUAAUGAUACAUGUAAUGAUUACCUAUUAUUCAUUAUGUUUUAUUGUUGCGAAUUGCUUUUGUACACAAAAUAAGUAGAAAACUUGAAAAUAAUUGUAUUUUUUUAUUGUUUUUUUUUUGUUUUGAAAUAUUUUUUGCUUUUGUUUUGUAAAAUUUCACUAAAUAGUAUUCGAUAUCCGUAAGCCAUCCAUACUAAAUUACUCAGCAUAUAUUUUAUUGAAAUAUUGUAACAAAAAUAUAGUAAUUAAAGUAAUGAAGUGAAAAAUUUUAAAUAUUAAAUAUAUUGCUUUAGGUUAUAUAAAAAAAAUUGAAAAAAUAUAUUUAAAAAAAAGGGUAUUUUAUAUUAUUUCUGUGUUAAGGGGUUGGACUUGUUUAGGCUUUUCAAAAAACUGAAAAAAAAAAUUGUUGAGUUAAAGUGCACUUUAGGGUCCAAAUAACUGUAUUCAAUUGGUAGAAUAGUUGUAAAAAAAAAACCAGCAGUACUGGCAAAUCGUUCGGAUUAGUCAGGUUCAGCACAUAAAGCUUUGCAUGUUUUUUGCUCGAAACUGCAUAUUUCAAAUCGUGCGACGAUGCUAAUCAAAGGAUACUCGUGCACUUGAAACUACCUACGUUUUCAUUCUUAUAUUGUAUUUUCGUACAAAUGUCUGUUAAUUUUAUAGAUCAAAAAUUAAUUUUUUUUCUAUAAUAAAUAGGUUAAAAUCUCGUAUUUUAUUUUGUUAGAAAUGGCACCAGUCCCCAGGGUCACCACCGAUCGCAGAGACCUUUUGUCAAAGGCAACUAAAUAUAAUACAUAUAUUCGGCACUAUUUUUUUGUAGGUAAGAAGUAAUUCCGAAAAUUGGCGCGGUCGUCGACAUUUGGUGUCCAAAUAUUAGUAGUAAUAUUGCAAGCACUCAAAUCCAUGUUGAAUAAUGUGUGAAAGGGAGAACUUCCAUUACUUUAUUAUUACACAAAGAAUAAAAUGUUAAAAUUAGACCUGCUUUGAGGGCUCUAAACUGGCCUAACCCCUUAAGCAGCUUUGACGAGACCGACGAUUGUUAUUUAAAACUACACGCAAUUGCAUUAUUGAAUUUAUAAUUACUCGACAAUAUACCCCAAGUGAAUUCAUAAUAACUCAACAGUGUUCAAUUUACAUAUACCAUAUGAUCACAUUUGACCCGGACUGACAAAAAAAAACUUCAAAAUAGGCUCCUGAUACAAUACAAGCAUACCAACGCAAUCUAGAUAAAAGUUUGUAUUGAUUCGGUUUGUGCGCGCAGUUUAAAUGGACCAAUCCGGGUCAAAUUCGAUGAUCAGAUACUGUAUGUUUAACUAAUUUUUACUAGAGCUAACUUUUACAGUAAUAAAUACAUAAUAUAUAAAGGGAUAAUAAUUAAAUUCGAUUUGAAAAAAUUUUUAACCAACAUUUGGAAGUUAGUUUUGUGUGCCUAAACAUAUUUUUAAACUUCAAAUGUUUAGCUUUUUGAAGACUCAACAAAUAAACUGCUGAUAUAUUAUAUACACGAAUAGAGAAAAAUCUGAGUUGCCGUUGAGAUAAUAAAUCAAUUGUGUUCAAGCACAUUUUAAGCUGUUAUAGCUGUAUAGUUAUAUAUAUAUUUAUAUGUAAAGGGUCUACCAAUAAGGACGACGUGAUGUUUAAAUUAAAUAAAACACUCAAAUUUGGUCAAAAUUAGUUCUUUUUUUUUUGUGUUAUGCAGAUAAUUUUAUGCCAUUUGAAAUUUGUACAAAAUGUAGGGCAAAUAUCCACCGGCUCUUUUUGCAUAUCUUUACCCGUUUACGUCAAUUGUCGUUGACCGGGUGCAGCAUUUCGGCUAUAAUGCGCUGAUUGUUGUUUUUGAGCUCCUUGAACGUUGCUAGUUGAUUGGCGUAAACCUUUGAUUUAACAUACCUCCAAAUAAUCUAAAGUUGUUUAAUAGCAUGAUCUUGGCGUCGAUUUGACUGGGCAUUUUUCGAAAUUAACGAGUCGUCAAACUUUGAAGGCGAUUUGCCCAUGUUUAGACUUGAAACAUAAGGCGGGGCACCGGGAAAAAGUCGGUUAAUAUCGUUUUAUAAUGCUCGGUAUUGAUGGUAACGGCAUUUUCUGCCUCAUUUCGAAAUAAAUAAGACCCGUUGAUGCCGCCAUAUCACCAUCCGCAUCAAACGGUUAAUUUUUAGGGAUGCAAUUACGUUCCCUGAACCACACGAGAAUUUGACUCACCCCAACAGCGACAAUUUUGUUUGUUGACGAAGAUAUUAAGUCAGAAAUGGACCUCAUCUGAGCAUCAUGAUUUUUCGAUGAACACGAAUUUGGGAAUUUUUCGGAGAACGUAAAUUUUCGUAAUAAUCUUGGACAAUUUCCAAGCGUUGUACCAAAGUAAAACGUGACAUAAUGAAAUGGCAAACUUUACUAAACACACUGACAAAAUUUAACAUAAAUCCGUAAACAAACAUGGCCGUCACGAGCUGUCAAAAUCACGUCAACGAUAUUGGUAGACGCUGUAUUUAUAAAAUCUGUAUACACUUAUGUAAUAUUAUUUUUGAAGCGUUUUUUAAAUAAAUUUUAACGAUGAUAUACGAUCA